CUUUCCACGUGCCGGUAGUUUACAUCGGCGAAUUAGUCUGUAAUACUUCUUCAAGUUUCUACCAAUCAUGGAGAAAAGUCUUAUGAUUGCCUCGGCUAGCGCGCUAGGUGCUUCUGCUCUGACGUUACUGGCUUGUCGUUAUCUUUCCAAGAGACGCGAAGCGCACGAUAACGUGUAUGAGACAGAAAAAUUAAUCGGCGAAUAUCUUAUUUUCCACUUUGGCAAACCAGAUGAACUGUUACCAUAUGGCUUUGGUCCCCAUGACUCUCUUGAUUUUCCCAAGCGAUGUGCGUUGGAAUGUAUUAAACAUAUUGGGGAUAAUGUGCCGAGCAUUGCUCUCGACAUAGGAUGUGCAGUUGGUCGAUCUUCUUUUGAACUAGCCAAGAGAUUUGAUCAAGUUGUAGGAAUCGAUUUUUCCCAUGGUUUUAUAAAUGCCUGCAAUCAACUCAAGACAUAUGGAAGAUUGGAGUACUCUGUCCAAACUGAAGGAAGUCUUGUGUCUAAACAUGUCGCUGAGGUUGAUCUUGACAUUGAUAGAAGUCGUCUAUCUUUUUAUCAAGGAGAUGCCUGCAAUUUGCCCAGUGAUCUUGGACAGUUUGGCUGUGUUCUGGCAGCAAAUUUGGUUUGCCGUCUUCCUAAUCCCUAUCAGUUCUUAGAUAGGCUUCCAUCUUUAGUGGCACCUGGAGGUGUUUUGGUCAUUACAUCACCAUAUUCAUGGUUAGAGGAGUUUACACCUAAGAAUCUUUGGCUUGGUGGCUAUAAAGAUGCAGAUGGAAAGAUUGUCACAGGAUUUGACAAUUUGAAGAGUUACCUGGGUCCAAAUUUUGAGCUGAUUGAAGAUAAGCCAAUGCCUUUCUUCAUCAGAGAAACUGCUCGUAAAAACCAGUGGACUGUAGCACAUGCCACCAUUUGGAAAAGAAGGCAGGCAACACCUUGAAUCCAAACUCUUAGCAAUGUUGUUUUAGGAUAUCUGGUUGAACUUUAGGUGCAAAAGUAACACAAACGAACUUCGACGAAUUUCCUGACUUUUCGUGGCUUUUCGAGGGAAUUCGGGUGUCCUUAAAGCUAACACCUAAGACCCGGAAAACUAAGACCCUGUUUUUUUUAGGGAAAUCGUCAAAUUUCAGCUUCCUUUACCUUAAAGUGGUAAAAUGAAUAAAAUAAAUGCAC